GAAAAAUAUAAUGCCGGUCAAGACAAAGAACAUGAUGCAGAUCGAAGUAGAUUGAUUUUAAUCAAUUAAUUGACUUGGAUCUAAUAAACCUUUAUCUCUUGCUUAUUAGUAUUUAGAAUUCUAGUCAAUGGCCCGAAAAACUGGCGAGAUUAAGACAUGAUUUAUAUAAUGCAGGCACACUAAAGAUUUUUCGAACAAAAAUUAAAAGUAGAACUACCAGUACCAGCAAUUUGCACCACGAUCUAUGAUUGCACUAUGGCAGAAGAGACCAAAUUAUUGAAGAUGGAUGACAUAAAACUGGAUGAUAUGAAAUUAGAUGAUAUCAAUUUGAACGAUCUAAAUUCAUUAAUUGAAACUGUUUUUGAAGAUGUUAUCAAAUCAGAUGUAGUCAAGAAAAAAUUUGAAAGUGAUUUACAACCAUUAAAUUUACAAUUAAGAUCGGUGGAAAAAAAGAAAAAAGAGAUAGAUAAAAUAUUUUAUGAAUGUGAAACAAGCUUGGUAGCAUUUAAGAAAGAAAUUGAAAAUGAAGAAAAGGAAGAAGAAGACCGAAGUAAUAAAGCCAAAAUAGCUGCCAAAGUUGCAGCUGAUGCUCAGCGUAGAGUUGAUUUAGUCAUAGAUGACGAUGAUGACGACAUUAAAUUUGUCAGCUCGACGUUUGAACCAUCUUCUAAUCGCAGAUCAUCAAUGGAAGCCAGUGCACGACAUGCUGCAACACAGAAUACUUCUAUGGUAAAACACUCUAGAAGAGAUUCCUUAAAAGAACCGCCACCCAGUGUUGCAAAUCUUCGUCAAGCUCUGACACAAGCCAUACAGAAGCAAAUUCCUCCUGGAGGAGUGCCACCUGCAGGUUUAGGUAUGUCAGGUGCCAAACCCAACCAACAGAAGAAAGCAUCAAAUAUGGAUGAUCCUACCAAAUGGCCAGAAAUCAAAGAGGGUAAAUUGGUUUACGCUAAAAAGUACAACGAUAUUUGGUAUCCUGCUACAGUUUUGGAGUUACAGGGAUCAAGAACAGAUGCUAAUGGCGUGCAGUAUCGAGUUCGGUUUCAGAGUCGAGGACAUAAAGUGUUGACGGGAAAACAUAUAGCAUAUUAUGAACCAAUACAUGUUAUUCUGCGUGUUGGAAGUAGAGUUAUAGCGUUUUAUCGGGAUGAUGAUUCCCCAGGUGGUAAUUCAUACUACGCUGGUAUAGUCGCAGAGGCACCGAGUCUGAAAAAUCAGAGAAGGUUCCUGAUAUUUUUCGAUGAUGGCUACGCACAAUACAGCAAGGCCGACGAAAUACACAAGGUUAUCGCACAGAGUGCCAACGUUUGGGAAGAUGUUUAUCCGGAAUCACAGGAUUUUAUUCGUGAUUAUUUAAAACAGUAUCCAGAGAGACCAAUGGUUCGACUACAGAAGGGUCAGGGAGUGCAAACAGAAUGGAACGGAAAAUGGUGGACGGCAAAAGUAAUGGAGGUGGAUGCUAGUUUAGUGAAGAUGUAUUUUCAAGCGGACAGAAGGACGGAAUGGAUCUAUCGUGGUUCCACAAGACUCGAACCCCUAUUUAAGGCUCUAGCUAAUCUGGAAGCUAAUAAAAAUAUGUCGAGCAAUAAGGGUCGAAGACUUGAUCCUAUUAACAGUAGAAAACCGAGAAUUGUGUAUUCCCAUGGAAACGACGAUGACAAAAACUCAGAUAAAAAUCGUUCUGUGGCUAGGAAGAGUACAGGAGGCAUUAAGCAGCAGAAGGAGCCUCCAGCUUGGGAAGCGCCAUGGUUAAAAUUACAACGUAAAACAACUGUCGCGGCUCCAUCUCACACCAUCCCUUCUACAGCUACUACCAGCUCUACCAAUAGAAAAGAUAUUUAUGCAACGAGCAGUAUCAGCAAUAAGGUACAAACUCAGGAUAUGGCCAGCGUUCUACAGGAACGUCUAGCUUCGGCUGAAUCUAUGGAUAUCGACGAAGAAGCUCGAGGGGAAAGGCUGAGUACAAUAUUAGACAUCAAGGACAAGACACGUAAAAGGCUCAUACCUCAUAGUUGUUCGUCAGCAUGUUUAAAAGAUGUUGAUGAAGACAUAUCAAAACAUAAAGGCAGAAAUCCGCUACUUAAACCGUUAUUAUGUUCAUGGGAGCGACAUGUUUGUAAGAUUAAACAGAGUGGUAAAAGAGUUGUCCUAUAUCGUACACCAUGUGCCAGACGUUUACGUUCUAUUGAAGAAGUCGACAGAUAUCUACAGAUGACUGAUUCUCAACUUACCAUUGAUCUCUUCUGUAUGGAUCCAUUUUUACACACACAUACCGAAUUCGUCCCUGUUAAGACAUUUUGUGACAUUAAAGAUUUGUCGUAUGGUAAAGAGAACGUACCGAUAUCUUGCGUAAACGGCAUUGAUAGACAGUAUCCUGAUUAUGUUGAAUAUUCAACCGUUAGAAUUCCAGCAAAAGGCGUGAAACUGAAUUUAGCGCCUGAGUUUUUACCAGGAUGUGAUUGUACAGAUGGGUGCCGUGAUGCCAGUAAAUGUGCCUGUCAGCAGUUAUCUGUAGAACAUUCCAGUGCUUUAGGAGAAAAAGAUGCCCAUACUGGUAGCCUUGGUUACACUAAUAGACGAUUAAAUGAACCAAUAUUUACAGGAAUUGUCGAGUGUAAUGUCAACUGUAAAUGUGACAAACGUUGUCAUAAUCGUGUCGUACAGAAUGGUCUAAAUCUUCGACUACAGGUCUUUAAAACAGAGAAGCGAGGCUGGGGAUUACGGUGCUUAGAUGACAUACCGAAAGGUGGUUUUAUCUGUAUAUAUGCUGGUCAGUUGUUGACAGACACAGGUGCUAACGAGGACGGCAAGCAAUAUGGCGAUGAGUACUUAGCAGAAUUGGAUUUUAUUGAAGUGGUAGAACGCCAGAAAGAGGGCUACGAGAGUGAUGUCGAUGAUCUCGAUGAUGAAAUAGAACAAGAUAUUGAUGAGGAAGAGGAGGAAGAAGAAGAAGAAGAAGAUUUUCGUGAACGGCAUGCCAAUAAUUCUGGCUCUGAUAGCGAGUUUUCAGCGAAAGUUGACGACAGUCACCGACUCGUGGACAAAGUCCAUGCUACAAGAAACAGACGAAAAACUAGCGACAGCCUAUCAGGGGAAGGAAAGAUUACAAAAAUAAUCAUAAAACGAGAUCAGUCUAAUAAAGAAUGGAUAUCGCAAAAGAAGACGGCCGAUUGGGUGGGUAAAAUCGGGGAAGAGGGGGAUAAAGAUGACACUGAUCUCGAUGAACUACCAGACAUCGCACCAAAGCCAUCUGCAACAACGAAACCAUCGGCUACUGCAACAAAGAAACCAAAGGAAUCUGCCAGAAAAAGUACAGGGAUAUCGAGAUUUGGCAAUUUGCCCAAUCCAAAGUUACAUAAAACAGAUCCUGCAGACGACGACGAGAAGAAAAAUACUCAUCCAGGAACAAGAAGCUUCUUCGAAGACGGUCAAAUGUGCUAUAUCAUGGAUGCCAAAUCUAUGGGAAAUAUCGGACGUUAUCUUAAUCAUAGUUGUGAACCAAAUGUUUUUGUUCAAAAUAUCUUUGUGGACACCCACGAUCUUCGAUUUCCAUGGGUGACAUUUUUCGCUGGAACAUAUAUUCGAGCCGGAACAGAACUUACGUGGGAUUAUAACUAUGAAGUUGGAAGCGUACCGGAUAAAGUGUUAUAUUGUUAUUGUGGAUCUUCUCAGUGUCGAGGACGUCUUCUGUAGUUUAAUUUGUUCUAUAUAUGGGUACUCAGGAAAAUAAACACAUGACAUGGCAGUACCAGUGCUUGUUGACAGAUCUGACACUUUUUCUGACUAUUAAACAUGCAUUAUGCAAGAGCUAUUUAAAUCUGCCUAUUGCGGGUCUUUCUUUAGGACUGAAAUGUUAUCUAAAUUAUUAAAUUAAUUAAUUAACUUAUCCAGACCAAAAUCAACUCUCGAUGUCACCGCUAGCCUGCGAUAGUUACUGGAUUAGGAUCCGAUUUUCUGUUCAACUUUCAUUCAUGAUUAAAUCAUGAAAUGGAUAAUCAAGACUAUGUUUUUUAUCGUACUGACUUUAGUAAUGAUGAUCGAGGCUAGGUCGAAAAUUCAAUUGCUAAAUUUUCGGUUCAGGGUGGAUCAAUUUGACUGAAAUUUUCAGCAAAUCCCCUUUACAUUAUCUAGUUUUUAACUAUUAUAGUGAGAACUGCCAGCUCUUUAUCUAAUCUCCCAUAAUGUAUCUUUAAAGAUGCAUUAUGCAAGAUUUAGAUAAAGAGCUGGUCGUUCUUAAUACACAUGUAAUAGUUUGAUAUUAGAUACUGAAAAAUUUGUAUAUUGAGAAUUUCAUUCAAAUCACUUUAUUCUGGGUAAAGUUAUGACUGUUUGAAGAUGUAGCAAAGAUCGUUUAUUAUCAUAGCAAUGCUACUUGACAACUGAGGCUAAGUCUCGAUUAUCCACUUUAUUGUGAAAUUUUUAAAUCUCGUGGGUGUUCAGAUCUAUUAAAGUUUGGCCAUCUAGUGGCCUAGAUAGUUGAUUAUAGACUUGUAAUAAUACAUGUAAAUUUUUAAAUAAUAAUCUAUAAAAUUUGAAGCCAAAAGAAAGACCUGCUAUAGGGAGAUUUAGGUCUUACAUAAUUUAUCUUUAAGUCCAAAUUACAUAUAGGUAUCAAUACACAUGUAUCAUGUAUUAUUUGUCAUUUAUUUUCCAUAACUGAAGAGUAAUCAUUGAAAAUACAUGUAAUGAACAGUAAAUUAAUUGAACAUCUUUUUUUGAUAGAUACAUGUAAUUUAGAACAGUUAGGGUAUAUCUAGAGUCCCUCCAGAUGACAGAAGCCCCUUAAAGGGACAAUAACACUCUUGCUGGCUUGAAAGCUCCAGAAAAUAAAUAAUGUCUCUAUCUAAGUACUAGAUGUUUAAGUGUCCUACCUGUUGUGUAAAUUAUCCAUUACAUCCUAUUUUACUUGUCCAGAGGGUUCGAAAAUAUUUUUAAAUCGAAGUUUCAUUUGAAAAGGUUUACGUUAGACGUUUGAAACCAUUAUGUUGAAUUUUUCAAAAUUUUUAAAUAAGGUCUGUUAAGAUGAAAUUUGUAUCAUCAAUUAAUUGGAAUAUUGUAAAAUAGUACAAUUUGUUGACCAGAAUAAAGAUUGGGACAUAUUAUUCGUUUACAACAAGAGUGGUAUUGAGCCUUUAAGUCCAUGCCUAUUCCAGCUCUGUAUACAAUAAAAACAUAAAAUGUUCAAAUAGAAACGUGCAUGAAUUGAGUCUCUUUUGCAUACAAAGGGCUAGAAAUUGUAUUAAUUUUAAGAGAGCUAUUUGGAAGAACAUGUACUGUAAAUGGUGACAUGUUGAUACAUUGUAUUAAGUGCCUAUACUACUUGUUUACUAUAAUACUAGAACACUUAUUAUGGAUACAAUUACUUGGUUUAUUAUACUGCAACGUUUCAACAACAUUUCACAAGAUUUCCUCAUCUUACAUUAGAUAUUUGCUUGAAAACGUAGGUAUUUGCUUGAAAACGACUUGUAAAAUGUUGUUGAAACGUUGCAGUACAAUAAACCAAGUAAUUGUAUCUAUAAUAAGUGUUCUAGUAUUAUAUCAUAAAUCAAUUGCUAAAUGUCUCUCAAGGAUUAUACUUGUAUACUCACUGCCAUUUAAUCAUUUACAUUUAUUAGUUACAUUAGCUAUAGCCAUGGAAACCCCAAAUUUGUAUAUAUAUUAAAGGAGCAUUAUGGGAGAUUAGAUGACGAGUUGACAAUUCUGGCUAUAAUAGUUUAAAAAAAAAAAAUAGAUAGAAUAUGCUGAAAAUUUCCGUAAAAUUGCUCCGAUAGGCUAACCUCAUCAUCAUUACUAAAGCUGGUACAAUAAAAAGUCUCGAUUAUCCAUUUUUAGGUUUAAUUAUUUUUCAAAAAUUGUUUUCCAAUCUGCUAAAUAUCGCAGGCUAGCCAGAGUUGAUUAUGCUCCGGAUAAGUUAAUUAAUGUCUAAUUAAUAAUUUAUAAAAAAUUUCAGGUCUAAAGAAGGUCUUAGCUCUUGCGUAAUGUAUGUUUAAAUAUAUUAAUGUAUGUUGUGUAUUCUUCGUAUUUGUUAUUAUCCUGAUCCUCUUCAUCUACAAUUUUUUUUAUACAUGAAACUCUAACGUAUGUCCAUAUGUCAUUGUUGUUCUGUUGUUCAAAACUUAAGAAGAGUUUUUGAGAGAAAAAUGAAAAAAUAAAGUACAGAAACUUUGUAUGUU